AUGGAUCCUAGACGUCAUACUGAAAUUCAAACAUUAUAUGUGCUUUCUAAAGAACCUAUUUACAAAAAAGAAACCAAAGAAUAUUUAACAACAAUGAAGCAAUUAUUAUUCAAAAGAGAAUUAUCUGAAGAAGCAACUUAUGCAUUACUUCAAAAUAAUCGCACCAGUACGAAUUUUGGAAAUUGGUUGUCAAUAGAUAAUUCAAGGGCACCGUGGGAGUUUAAAGAUGGAGGUGGUGGAAAACUUCCACCUGAAGAAUCAUUUGAUCAUUCUUUACAAACAAUAAUUCCUUUGAUUAUUACCGAGAAAAAUUUUAUAGAAGAUUUUUUUCAUCUUGGAACUAAAAAACCACUUCCAAAAAAUCCACUCGAUGGUGACGCCGAUAUCGAAGCUAUUAAACUUUAUAAAAGAUUAUUUGAACAUAUGGAAAGGUUAUAUAACUUUAUGCCAGAUGAAUUAAAUUCAUUUAUCGAAUAUGGUUGCAAAUAUGAUAAAAUUCAAGUAGUUGGUAUGAUUGUAUCAUUAGAGAAAUUUAUGUACGAAAGUGAUAAAAUCAGACAAGAUUUUGUUGUCAAAAUGUUGGGACACGUUAGAAUUUAUGCUCUUGGGAUUUUUGAAAAAUUUAUUAACGAACAACUUCGAUCAAUUGAAGAAACCAAAGUAACUUCCAAAAAACGUAAAGGAAUAGUAUUAUUUAUUCGUAUAUUUCCAGUAAGUAAAAUAUAUAUUUUUGGUAAAGAAAAACGUUCCGAAAAUUUAGAGAUACGACAAAUUAUUAAUAGAGCAUAUGAAGAGAUUGUGAAAACAAUGUUUGAUUGUCUUGAAGCAAUUGCUAAAGAUACAGAAUCUAUAGAUAAAGAACAAUUGAAUGCUCAUAUAGUAACUUUAGAAAAUAUGCACCACUUUUAUACUGAAAUACGUACUCGUAAGAUUCAUGUGCUUGAUCCUUUCAUGAGAUAUGCUAGAAACUCUUAUGAUAAACAUCUUGAAGCUUAUGCUAAAGCUGUUAUCAGGAGACCUUUAUUAAGAACAACCGCAGCACCUGAGGAAGUAGGAUUUAGAUUACAAUAUAGUAAAGCCGCAUUGAAAAAAGUAAUAUCACAAUUACCUGGAAAAGAGAUCAGGAAAAGCCUUGAAUCAUUGUAUAAGCGCGUUGAUAAACAUUUUACAGAAUAUGAUGAAUUAUUACAAGUUGUAUGGCGUAGUAUAGAAGAAGAAGUAAUCCGUACUUAUGAAAGAUUUACAUUAACCAUCAAUAAAUGUUACCCUGAUUCAAACAUCACUUUGGAAUUUUCAAUGGAUGAUUUAUUAACUUAUUUUUCUGAUAUAGCAAAAAAUCAUUAA